AUGGCUCUUUCUGCACAACGUCAAGGCGGCCCCAGCUUUGAUGCUCUGCCGGCUGAGCUGAAACAAGAAGUCUUCAGCUAUUUCAACCGGGACAAGCGCUCUCUAUUCGCUGUCAUUCAAGUGAACAAAGCUUGGUAUCAUGGCUGCAUCGGCACGUUGUGGCACAGUUCUACACAGAAAAGGUUAGGAUCUGUAACACCGGAAAGACGUCAACACUACGCCAACAUGAUCUAUCGCUGGGACCUGAACGGGUGGAAAUACUCUUCGAAGUGUUUUGAUGGGCUCGAGUUCCCGAUGCUCAAAGAUCUCUCAUUCGAGGGCGGUGUUCUCUCGAAUGUGCAGCUUCGUCGCUGCAUGCAAGUAGGACUGCAUACUCUACGGGUGAUAAACUAUCAACUCGACGCGACAAUUCUAGAACUGGCAGCAAAGUAUUGUACGCAGCUCCGAGCGUUUUCUGUUACGGCCGUUGCUCCUGACAGCACAACGUCUGAUCAAUUCAUGGUCUUGCUAAAGAGUUUUCCAGCUCUGCGCAGCCUUCGUCUACACCUCGUCGCAGGUAGUAUCAUGAACAGAGUGUUCGAAUGGGGAGGGGAUGAUAUUUGCCAACUUGAGGAGUUAUCCUGGACUCAGAACUGGGAAUCUCAAAUGGACUUUGCGCUUCGGAACGAAUUCCUCAAGCGCUGCACCCGCUUGCGGAAAAUCUGUUUAGAAUUGAGAGGCACGCUUGUUACACACGCACUCAUCAUACUGUCGAGUCUUCCUCUGCUCGAAGUUCUUCACAUAGACGCAUGGUUGUCAGACGACCAGUUCCAACAACGAUUUGUCAGCGGAAACCCAGUUGCGCACCCAUUUCCCAUCAUCAAAGAUUUGUCGGUGUGCGGCAAUGUGUCGACAAUCAAACCCCUUCUAUCCAGCUUACCACAAACUCUCAUCACUUUGAAUCUCGGCAUUGAAGAUAAUUCGGACAGUAUCUUGCCAACCAUCAGCCGAUUGUCGAAUCUUGUGCGCUUGAAACUCGAGUUCGAGAGCGACAGAAGAUUAUCUCCCAUUGACUUGGGCUAUAUCUCGCAAUUGUCAAAGCUACGGAAGUGUCAUAUCGAAUGGGAAAGUCUGUUGCCCAGGCCUCGUGGACCGAAUUCUCCAAGCGACUGUCCAUGGCUCACCGAUGAAUAUUUCAAAGGCUGGAUCUCAAAGCUUCCACUGCUUCAGGAUCUUUUCUUGGGGCUCGAUGGUGCCACUGUAACACAAAUCUCUUUGCAGUACCUCGCUGAUAGCUGCCCAUCGUUGUCGCGCUGUUGCCUCCUGUGGGAACAUGAUCUGAACACUUGGACGAACCUCAAGGCACCGCUGUUUCCUAACUUAAACAUUCUACUCCUCGGAGGAGUCAGAGACCAUGGGCAACAAGAAAGUAAAGAAUCGCUCGAUGAGAAUGGUUCAAGGGAUAUGAAGGUAAUCCGGAGCCUGGCUCCCAACUUGGAAGAGUUUCUUAUCGGCCAAUGUGGAUCCGCUGAACAGCUUCCGCACGAGAGAGCCUUGGUGGCUGCCUUUAAGGCGGGCAAUUAA